UCAUUGUUGACGAAUCUUAAUUUUAAUUAGUGCAGUACCUUUCUUAAAUUCAUAAUCAGUGACCCAGUUCGUCACUUAUCUGUGCAAUGGAGGUGAAAACAUUCAUCUGAAGAAAUCCAGUACAAUAUGACCGUCUAUGUAAACAGAAUGCACAAUUUAUUUGCACUGUCGUUAAUCUAUUCUGUCUCCGCAGCUUCUAAUGUUGUUGUACAAACAUUAAACGGAAAAGUCAGAGGCUAUGUUCUCGAUAUCGCCGGUCACAACGCUGUAGGAACUGAUGUCGACGAGCUUCACGUUUUUCUAGGCGUGCCGUACGCAGAGCCACCAACCGGAAGUCUCCGGUUUGCCUACCCCGUGCCGCGGAAACCAUGGGCGCCCACCACCCUGGACGCAUUGAGACCCGCGCCCGCUUGUCCCCAGAGAAACUGGUUCUUGCGGACGUACAGUUUUGACAGCAACUAUGACAAUUUCAACGAGGACUGCCUAUAUCUGAACAUUUUUGUUCCACAGAGACAUUCCAACCCAAAUGCGUCGUACCCAAUUUUGUUCUUCGUUCACGGAGGUUCGUACCAGUAUGGUUCCGGAAACGAAUACGACGGGAGGAUUCUAGCUCAGGAAGGAAUUGUAGUGGUCACAGUGAACUACAGAGUCGGCGCUCUUGGUUUCCUGUCCACGGAUGAUGACGUUGUCCCUGGCAACUACGGUCUUUUAGACCAGCUGACCGCUCUAAAGUGGGUCAAGAACAACAUCGAUCGUUUCCAUGGCGAUCCAUCCCGUAUCACUGUGGACGGACAGAGCGCCGGUGGAAGCGGCGUUUCUUUGCACAUGUUUUCACCACUGGCAAAAGACCUGUUCAGUGGUCUAAUCCCCCAGAGUGGGUGCGCACUCAGCCCCUUCGCCGUCUAUCGACCGCCAACUUCUCCGGCGACGGCAGCACGGGCACUGGCCGCCGCCGUAGGAUGUCCGACCACGAAUUCCACGCAGCUGAUAGCGUGUCUUAGAACGAAGGACGCACUCGUACUGGCGAACACGAGAAUAUCCGGCCCGCCGAUGAUCGCGGCGUUCGCGCCGCGCGUGGACGGCUUCUACCUCAAGGAGCUUCCGGAAGUGCUGCUCGCCAAGAGAGACUACCUGAGACACGUGAACGUCAUGACCGGAUAUGUGCCCCAGGUAGUCUCGGAGGACCUUGAGGAUAUUGAGGGUAUAGACCAAGGUCUCACAGCCACUCAUCUUCGAAAUCUGUUUCGAGACAAGAGCGACCGAUAUCAGGGACAAACGUCGAAUGACGUCUACCAUGCCCUCCUCUGUGCGUACCCGCCCUCUAAUGACGUCAGACGUAACAGGGACUACGCCGUUGACAUGAACUCUGACUACGGGUAUGUGGUGCCGCACGUUAAACUCGCGCAAGCGUUAAGUACUAAUGGUGAACGUGUGUGGCUAUAUGACUUCACAUAUCGCUCGCCGAACACCAGCAAACUGGACUGGAUAGGGGUUCCCCACGCGGAGGAGCUGUACUAUCAGUUCGGAGCCCCCUUUUUCGACUCGAGCCCCUGUCCGGGUGUCCGUGACGUCACGUGUCCGUCAACGUGGGGCACGUAUCAAACCUGGUCGGACGGCGACAGGCAAGUCAGUCAAACAACAAUGAGGAUGUGGGCGGACUUUGUGAGAAUGAGCAAUACAAGCACCUCGUUCCUGUCCACUGGUCCAGACCGCGGCACGUGGCGUCAGUUCGAGCCCGGUCACAACGUGCUGAACAUCAGCGGCGCCACCGUCCACGCCGCGCCACUGCGUCUCUCUCCAGGGCAGAGGUUCUGGCAAAGUUUCAACUUCCUCAACCUGACUGCUGACGUCACCGAUGUCUGUGGCAGUCAGAGCAGCAUACUCGUUGGAAAAUGACAUCAUGGGCUAUUGGUCUAACUGUAGAUCGUUAAAUUCAUCAACAAAAUUA